AUGGAGACAGAGAUCACCAUCCUGCAGAUGCUGGACCAUCCGAACUUGAUCAAAUACCACACGCACUUCGGGCACCAUGGGGACCUCUUCCUCGUCAUGGAGCUAGCUUCAGGCGGGACCUUGGCCAACAAAAUUGACCAGGUCAAGGAGCAAGAGAAGCGAAUUGAAGAGCACUUCCUUUGGAGAUGGCUGUGUGAUGUCGCAAGUGCUCUUGCUUAUUUGCAUAAGCGCCGUGUGCUCCACCGAGACAUAAAGCCUUCGCACAUCUUCAUCUUCCAGAAUGGCUUGCAGGCCAAGCUGGGCGAUUUCGGCCUGUCCAAGGCUUUCUCGGACACGACGCAGUGUGCCAUGUCCUGCGUGGGCACCCCGCUGUACAUGGCACCAGAAAUCGUCCGUGGAGAGCCUUACUCUUACGGCUCAGACAUCUGGAGCCUGGGAUGUUCGCUCUACGAAAUGGCAGCCCUCGUGCAGCCCUUCACGCGCAGUGACAUGGACUUCGUGGCUCUGGGUCACGCAAUCACCAAUGCGGAGUACCCCGAGCUGCCACCGGAAGUUUGGUCCACCGACUUUAUCAACAUGGUCUCAAAGAUCUUGACGGUGGAUCCGCUGCACCGCCCUUCUGCACAGACUGUCCUGGAUCUGGCCGCAUGCAAGCUGGUUUCACGCAUUCAGGACUUUCAGAUCAUUGGCAGCAUCGGUCGAGGGCAGUUCUCGGAAGUCCACCGAGCUCUAUGGAAAUCCAGUGGGGAACGUGAAGUGGCCUUGAAGCGAAUCCAGAUCUACGAGAUGGACGACGAUGCCCGGAACGAGGUCUAUGCCGAAGCGAAGAUGCUCCAGGAGCUGGCUCACCCGACGAUCAUCAAGUACUUCGAUUCUUUCACGGAAGAGAUGGAGAUGGUGAUCAUCCUGGAGUUGGCCGCUCAUGGAGACCUGUCGAGUUUGCUAAGCAAAACCAGACAUGGCAACCGGAUGCUCGAAGAGCACCAGGUUUGGGGCAUCUUCUUUCAGAUCUGCGAUGCGCUGCACCACAUGCACCGGCAUCGCAUUAUGCACCGAGAUGUGAAGCCGGAGAACACCUUUGUGUGCCAGCAUGGUGUCGUCAAGCUUGGGGAUUUGGGCUUGGGAAGAUACUUCAGCUCCAACACCUACAAGGCACACUCUGUGGUCGGUACUCCAUUCUACAUGUCUCCGGAGGUGAUCUCUGAUGCCGGCGGCUAUUCCUUCAAGUCUGAUAUUUGGAGUAUGGGCGUCGUGCUGUACGAGCUGUACACAUUGAGAAGCCCUUUCGCCGGCCCUGGCUUGAACUACUACAUGCUUGGGCUGAAGACACCCGGAGCGGUUACUUGUACCAUCCCAUCAAAUUACGACUCCGCAGCCGUUCCGGCUUCUUAUCAUGGCCCUCUCGGCCGAGUCCGUAAGUUUGUCUACUUGAUCCACAUGAGAGAAAUCAUGACAGCUGGGAGCUUCCUGCUCCUGGCCUUGCUGUCGAUCGCUGAUGCCUUCGCAUUCCAGGAGGUGUCGGUCGAUGCCAACGGCGAUGUUCAAGACCUGUCUGCCGCAGCGACGAGCAACUUGCAGAUGACGGAGCGGCGAGCACAAAAGCAGCAGGCCAGAGAGGCGCUCCUGCGUGCCGAAUUACCGAAGUGUCCCGUGAGCGAGUACAUCCCCGUUGGGAACGACUGCACAUGUGAGUCGGAGACUUGCAAGAAGGACCAGUUCUGCUAUUCUCCGGACGAUGGCAAGGACAAGUGCUUAGAUGAACAGAAGACGGAUCCGUACCUCAUCGAUGUGCAUGGCUUCACAAAGAAUCUGGGUCCCUCAUCGCAGAGGAACGGGGCCAUCGGAGGUCGCAAGUUCACCUUCACGAAGAAGAAGGACGACUCCCUCCUGCGGAUUUUGUACACAGAUACUUUUCGCGUUAUAUGUCACCACAACAAAUACCAUGGACGCUGGAUCGAUGGCUGUGCUGCCCGAUGGGAGAUCAAGAUAGAUGGAAAGUCCUGCCCAAGCGGGGGUAUAUACCAGGACUGGUACGUCCAUCGGUUUCAAGAUCCACAUCGCACACAGUCUUUCGGGGGCGUGUGCAAGGGGGUCAGCGAAGGCAAGCACACGGUGGAGGUGUUCGUUUACAAGACUCCGUGGCAUCACCGGUGGAACAUCUAUUAUCCCUACACGGGCUGGCACGCUGGGCAUGGGACCCCGCGUGCGACGGUGCACAUGGAGGUCCAGGAGAUCCCUGAGUCGUACCCGCUCUUUCACUACGCGACGGGCACGCAGAUGGACGGCAGAGAUUCUGGCAUGAUCAAUGCGCGCGUUAUCUCGUUCAAAAAACUUUACGACGACAGCAACGUGCGCUUGUGGUAUGUUGACAACCAUCGCGUUAUGCAGCACAAUGGUCAUCAUGGGGCUGGCGCAUGUCGGUGGGAAAUUAGAAUCGAUGGGCAGUCAUGUCCGUCCGGAACGAUCCUUGGAGAUUUGUACAUCCACAGGCACGAGAACCCACAUCGGCCAAAAAGCAUGGUCGGAUACUGCAACGGGCUCGAAGCAGGCGAUCACAAGGUGGAGGUUCACGUGUCCACAACGCCAGGAUUGCAUCGCAGCGAUUGCUUCACCGGGUGGCACAGUGCUCGCUGGAUCCUCGAAGCAGAGGAGAUCCCGAAGCUAUACGACAUGGUACACUACAACAUGCAGCACCAGACGGAUCACAGAGAGCACGGUAUCUUGAACAACUACAAAGUUACCUUCCAAAAGAAGUAUGACGAGACCCGGCUCCGGCUGCUUUUCAUGGAGAAUCUGCGAGCUUACAGCCGAAACCUGCAUGCGAACCAUGCCCACGGCCGGACUUGCUCCGGGGACUGGGAGAUCUUCAUCGACGGCAAAGCAUGCGCGUCCGUGCGCAUCCAUGCGCAGAUGUACUCUCGACGCUUGGAGGCACAUGGUCAUUGGGGAAAUAUUGGUGGCAGCCACAACCACAAUCAUGGACAAUGGUGGUGGGUGUGGCCCCAGCACUUUGCGAAUCAAGAUACGAACAACCAUCGAGUUCGGACCUUUGCCGGCUUCUGCGAUGAUGUCAGUUCAGGCGAGCACACCUUGACUGUCAUGGUCAAAAGCCCCUUCGGGAAAUGCGACCUUUGGACCGGCUGGCACAACCACCCUGGAGGCAAAGGAGGGCAUGGCACGCUGGAAGCUAUGGAAUUUUUCAGACCCUGCAGUGAGUUCGACUCCAAGUCGGAAUGCCAGCAGCCGAGAUGCCACUGGGACGAGGACGAGUGCAUUGACCUAGCCGAAUGUCCCGGCAGCGACAAAGUGGCAGUUGGAGCGGACUGUUUGUGUGGUGACGUCAAGGCAGAGAAGGGGAAGUACUGCUAUGAGGACCAGACCGCCCACGACGGAGCCAAGCCAGAUCCCAAAAGCGCUGCCAGAGGUUGGAGCACCGAAGUGGGGCUCCUGCUCUCUGCCAUCGUCCUGAUCAAUCGCGCAGAUUACCCGCCGCUGGGUGCUGGUUCAUCUCCACGAGUGGCGAAGCUCUGUGGGGAAAUACUGCAAGUUGGGCAGGAUGAACGGCCGGAUAGUGCGACCAUCUGCACCUCAGCGGGCAAGUAUCUAUCCGACUGUCUCAUCAUGCAUCCCACGGAGAAGCUCGUGGUCCCUGAAGGCGUGUCUUUGGACGACCCACAGACGGUGGCCCAAUGCCUUACACAAGCCGCCGAGGUGGUCCAAGAACUUCUCCGCACACCCUCUGCGUCGCCUCCGCGGCCUCAGCGAUCGAAGCUGGCACAGUCUGAUGUCCAUCCUCCCACGGGGCGGCGGCCUGAUCGACCGCGUGGAGGUGGCUACAUCACAGUGGACAACAGGCGCUCGCCGCCGACGGCAUCCCUCGAGCCCAUGGGAGCCAACUCGACUUCUCAACACUCGAGGUCGGAAGACAUCAUCAAGCCUCCUUCGGGAGGAGCCCCUAGUCGAGCCCGCUCUCCGCGGACACUGCUGCCUUUGUCGCAGGGAGCCCGCCAGAGCGGCGGGUUUCAGACGAUGCCACCGCCUAAUCAGCAGGAAGGCACCUCCCCUCCUGCACGGCGCGGACUGGGCUCGAGUCGCUCCGCACCGGCUCGAGCCAACUCCCCACGGCUGCCUUUAGAAGUGACUCCAUCUGUCGCGAAGAGGACUUUGGCCCCUUUGCGCCGCGCCCCCUCGCCUCGAACCACGCGUUUAGGUGAGCAGGGCGUUCUGCUAACUCCACGCGAGAGCCUCGCUCGAAGCCGCACGAGCCAAAGCGGCUCGUGA